AUGCGGAAUUUCAUAGAGAACGUGGCGCUUUGGGCAGAUGGUCCAGAUCCCAAUCGCUCCUUCGAGUUAGAGGCCUCUCGCAUAGCUAUGAGAGAGCCGGUUUUGAAGCAUGCCAUCUGUGCGUUCUCAUCGAGACAUCUGAAUCGGCAUGAUGUGAACAAUGUUGCAGAAGCGCUGGAGCAUCAAUCAAGGUGCCUUGAGCUACUAAUUCCAGCUGUGUCCGGACAGCGACCCGUCAGCGAUGGCGUCCUCGCAGCUGUCGCCAUUCUACGACAAAAUGAAGAGAUGGACGAGUAUGACAACCGCUUUCAUCUCGAGGGUGUGACGCAAAUCCUAAACGAUGCAUCCACGUUCACAUUCGCUGGAGGCUUAGGCGAAGCUACAGCGUGGCUCUGCCUGCGAGAGGACAUUUAUGUCUCACUCACCACCCAAAGCGCCAUUCGUACCAACUUGGUACCAUUUGAGUGCGCUACAUGGAUGAAAGGAGAAGGCGAUUCAUGCUGGGCGAACCGAAUGAUACUUCUCUUGGCAAAACUGCUGUCCGUUGCAUUUCUCGAGAACGCCAGUCCAACAGCUUUGGCAGAUAUUUCUGCUCGUAUCUCCAAAUGGGAUCUCAUGAGGCCGGAUACCUAUCGACCUCUGUACUUCGUCCCCAGAGAUCGUGGGUCUGGCCGCCAUCUACCGGAGGUCUGGAUGCUGGCUUCUUCCCAAGCGAUCGGCUUACAAUAUUACCACAUCGCUCAGCUAGUGCUUGCUGUUUCAAGCCGCUUGGACUCUACUCGAUCGUUCAACCACAUCUAUGAGCACCGUGCUGUUGAGAAGAGGGUUCGCCACCAUCUUCUCUAUGUGGUAGGAAUAGCAAGAUCGAAUGAGCGAGCCCAGAACACAUGGUUUACGGCGCACCACUGUCUUUCUGUUUGGGGCAUCUAUCUGAGAAAUAAAGGCGACCACCAGGCAUGCCUAGACUUUCUGAAGGAGAUGGAAUGCCAAAUCGGAUGGCGAACAAGCACGCUAAUGGAGAGACUAUCAAUGGAAUGGGGCGAUGAUAGUGAAUGA